AUGGCAAACGAUCAUAUUCUCACGCUGUCCUGUCCGGAUAAGCCGGGCAUCGUGCAUGCUGUGACGGGCAUCUUUGCUCAGGAGAAGCACAACAUCCUCGACCUUCAGCAGUUCUCCGACCCGACAAGUGAAAAGUUCUUCAUGAGAGUGCAUUUUGGUCCGAUUCCGACGGAGUCAACUGAUCAUUUGAAUGCCGCCUUCAACACCUUGGCGGAAGAGUACCAGAUGACGUACCGGAUCCGGUCAGUCGCGCAGAAGCCAAAGGUCCUGAUCAUGGUGUCCAAGAUCGGCCACUGUCUGAACGACCUGCUGUUCCGCGCUAGAGCUGGUCAGCUCCCCAUCGACGUCCCUCUUAUUGUGUCCAAUCACCCGGACUUUGAGCCGCUCGCCACCAGUUACGGCAUCCAGUUCCACCAUUUACCUGUCACCCGUGACACCAAAGCAGACCAGGAGCAGAAGAUUCUGGACCUCAUCAAGGAGCAUAACAUCGAGCUGGUGGUCCUGGCACGCUACAUGCAGGUUCUCAGCCCGAAGCUCUGCGAGGCCAUGUCGGGCCGCAUUAUCAACAUCCAUCACAGUUUUCUGCCGUCAUUCAAGGGGGCUAAACCGUACCAUCAGGCCUACGAACGCGGUGUCAAAAUUAUCGGCGCCACGGCUCAUUUUGUCACGGCCGACUUGGAUGAAGGUCCGAUUAUCGAGCAGCGUGUUGCGCGGGUAGACCACAGCAUCAACCCCAAGGGGCUUGUCGACGAGGGCUCUAACAUUGAGAGUCUGGUUCUGGCCGCUGCUGUUAAAUGGUAUGCGGAAGGGAGGGUGUUCUUGAAUGGGACCAAGACUGUUGUUUUUUGA